CUACCUCACUUUUUUCUUUUUGUUUCAGAAUUCUUCAGGAAUCUUAUGAACAAUUCAAAACGGGAGUUUCACGAAAUGUUCAAGAAAACUUACGGUGUGAUCUACUUACAGCAUUCUUUUGUAUUUACGGAUUUUUUCGAAGAAUUAGAGAGAUAUUAUAAUAGCGGUCGCGUACGACUAGCGGAAGCCUUAGAUACCUUCUUUGGAAUCCUGUAUCAACGCAUGUUCACCGUAAUUAAUGCACAAUAUCAGUUCGACGACAGAUAUUUAGAAUGUGUAGCCGAACAUAUGACCGAUUUGAAACCGUUUGGCGACAUCCCGCACAAACUCGGAAUACAAUUGAGACGAUCGUUCGUAGCUACGCGAGCGUUUUACAAAGCCUUAGCAGCCGGUGCCGAUGUCGUUCGAAACAUGGGCUCCUUAACGCCGACGGAGAGGUGCGGGAAUGAAUUGGCUCGAAUGCAACAUUGUGAUAAAUGUCUUGGGAUAAAGGGUACAAAAAGUUGUUCGCCGUAUUGCCUAUCGAUUUUGAAAAGUUGUUUAGAAAACCAUAUACUUUUAGAUAACCAGUGGAAUAACUUUGUGGAUGCAUUAGAUAAGGUAGCGGACCGUAUUACAGGUGCUUUUAAUAUAGAAAUGGUCGUAGAGCCUAUUAAUAUAAAAAUUUCUGAAGCUGUGAUGAUUUUUCAAGAGAAUGGGGUAGAGGUCUCGCAAAAAAUAUUUACAGGGUGCGGCAACCCCGCUUUGCAGAGGCGACGUCGUCAAGCUAGUACUCCCAGUGACGUCGAAGAACCUCGCGUUGAAGCGCGAAGGGUGAAAACUGAUGAAGAUGAAAUAACAUUUGAAACGCUCACUUUUAAUGAGGAGAGCAACAAUAAAAGUAAAAACAAGAAAAAUAAGCACAAGAAAGUUGAUAGUGGCGCUACUCUCGAGAAGCUUAUUAGAGAUAUCAAACAGCGUGUGAAAGAUAGUCGACAAUUCUGGAGCCAACUACCAUACCAAAUGUGCAACAAUGAAGCCGUUCCUCCAACAUUUGAUGGACCUUGCUGGAAUGGUACAGCUUUAGGGAAGUACGAAGAGGCCGUCCCAUCACAAACCACCCCAUCACCAUCAUCUAGUCCUCCCAUCUUAAAUCAACAAACCUUCAUCUUGCAAGCCUUAAUAAGCAAACUACAGGCGGCUUACCAAGGGCAAGAUGUCGAUUUGGCUGACGACACCGUCGAUUCAGAAGAUCUGCCUAGUGUGAGCGGUUCAGGAUCGGGAAUGGGACUUAUAGAUGGUUCGGGAGAUCACGACGAUUUCGGUGUACCGGAAGUACCAAGGAUGGACACCGGAGCACCACAAAUUCCGACAGUCCUACCAAGUAGCACACACCCGCCUGAAGUUGUACCAGCUUCUGCUAGUAUUAAUAGUCCCACGCUUACGAAAGCUCUUGCACAUUAUUUGCUACCAAUCAUUUUAGUUUGGAUCGGAGGAGCAUUCUCCGACUUAUUGCUGUGAUACCAUUUGCCAGUACUCUUUUGUAAAUAUUUUGUAUAUAAACUUUAUGCCUUUUAAAACCUAGAGACUGCAACAUUGCCAUAUCUAAUCAUUAGUUUUUAAGCUGUAAUUUUAUUAGCACAAAUUGAUGCGUCUUAAUGUAACUGAUAUCGGUGUAGGUGAGCUUGAGGUUUUAAACGUUUGAAUGUCUGAAUGAACACUGUAAUUUAUGUAUAUAGUUUGUGUAAUAUUUUUAUAAGUA